AUGCAGACCCAGCUGGGCUUUCCAAAUGACCCCAUUUUCAGCCAGCUUCGCAGGCUAGCCAAGCAGUCACCGGGCGUGUUAUUCCACGAUGAAUAUGGUGUUGAUGCAAGAUAUAGCGAAUUGAUCCAUGAUGUUAUCCACCUGCGGGAGAUCCUGCGAGAGCAUCUCCCGAGUGCUUCAUUCGACGAGCAGGGUUGUCUGCAAGAGGAUGCCAGAAUACGCCCGACUUUGAUCAAGAUCACAAGAGCGGAUCCCGGGAUGGCGAAAAUUUCCAGCUCGACAGAACUCGAGAUCAACCGGGAUCUGACCUUUCCAGACACAGCUGGCUGCCUGAUUCUAUUUACAUCCGGCACAACCGGGCCCCCAAAAGGUGUUGUUCUCCCCCGGAAGAUGUUCCAUUACGAAGAAGAUAUAACACCCGCAACGCUCUAUCUCGCAUCCUGUCCCCCGCACUGGGUAGGCGGAACAGGACUGAUCGACAGUGUGCUUAUCGGUGAGAACCUGCACAUGCUGAAGAGUGAAGCCCCUCCUGCCCGGUUCUGGGAAGUGCUGAGGAAAGGAAGAGUCACGGAAAUGGCCAUCUCGCCGACGUUGCUGAGACGUUUGAUGGAGUACUACCGGGAAAAUAUCAGCCAUCUUGCGGCUGAACAACGGAAUGAAUAUAUUGACGGGGCGAAGAAGCUAGAACGGGUGCUUGUGAGCGGCUCGAUGCUGAAUCCGUCCACUUGGCGCUUCUUUGUUGAUUUGACCGGUAUGCCCAUUAUGAACGGUUACGGGAUUACAGAGAUGGGUGGGGGUGUCAUUAUCAACCCCCCUCGUUCGGUCUAUGAGCAGGGCUAUAUCGGUAAAGUCAUCCCGGGGAGAACAGUCAAGCUGUCCCAUUGUGACCAUGGGGAAAUCCUCGUCAAAAGCCCAAUCAGAUUCUCCCAUUACAUUGGCGAUGAAGCAGCCACUCGCGCCGCCUUUGACGAGGAGGGAUUCUACAAAACAGGCGAUCAAGCCCACCGCGUCGGUGAUGAUUACUAUUUCGAAGGAAGGAUUUCAUCCGACUUUGUUCGCUUCCACGAAUACACGAUAUCGAUUCCCGAGCUGGAGAGACAACUCCUGGAUCUCCCGUAUAUCACCGAAGCGCACGUCCUUCCUGUCAAAGACCACGGAGCUGGCGGGUUAGUAGCCGCUCUUGUGCGGCCUCAAAAGCAAGAGGGUGACAGUAUUACUCUGAAGCGGAUACGCGUCGACCUCGCUGCGACGAAUCUGGCUUCGUACAAGUUGCCUACCCUCUUGCGGGUUCUCCAGAACGAGGAACAAGUCCCGUUGACGCCGUCCGAGAAGGUCUUGAAGAGGGAGUGCCUCCGGAAAUUCUUCCACAUCUCCGAGUACAUACCGGAUCCAUAUGCCGUGGAAGGGGUUGAGUACUGCGGGAAUCAGCUUGAUCCGGCUGCUUCAUCGCGCGUGUUUCACUGGGGAGGUUUAUAG